AUGGAAGCUAAACCAGCUAGCCAUGUUGUUGUUACUCGGAGAGCUAGCCACGCUAGUAAAGCUGAAUUAGCUAGCAUCCCACCGCCCUCCCAGCAGUCGGGGAAUCCCCAGAAUGAGUUUGUUCCGGUGGGGAAGAAGCAAAGAGCUAAACAGAGGCACGUAGAGCGCCCGGAGCUCCCUGUAUGGAACAGGUUUUCUCCCCUCAGUAACGCACCAACUGAACCGAAAACCCUGGUCAUCGGCUCCUCCGAGGUCAGACACGUGAAGCUCAAGGGAGCUACAGUUAGAUGUUACCCGGGAGCCAGAGUUGGUGACAUCGAAGGAAACCUCCGAAUGUUAGCCCAGAGUAAGGCGAGGUUCCGUCGGGUCGUAAUUCAUGCAGGCGGCAACGACGCCCGACGAAGACAAUCAGAGAUUCUUAAAUUAAACGUAGAAUCAGUGUGUAAAAUGGCUAAAUCUGUGUCAGACACAGUAGUUUUCUCUGGUCCUCUCCCAAACAAAGUCAGUGAUGAAAUGUACAGCCGCUUUCCAUCUUUUAACCGCUGGUUAGCUAAAUGGUGCCCAGAAAACGGCGUUAGCUAUGUGGAUAACUGGAACAUGUUCUGGGAAAAGCCCGGCCUCAUGCGCAGAGAUGGCAUUCAUCCCAGUUUGGACGGAGCGGCUCUUCUGUCCAGAAACAUUUCUGCUAGCUUUAGCCAUGCAGCCUGACAACUCAGAGAGGAGACUUGGGGAGAGAGCAGUAGUUUAAAACUCUCCCCUGAGCGGCCUUUAGCACUGGUGCUAACCCCAACCAGGGCUAGCCCAGCAGUUCCAAGUGCUAGCUUAUGUGCUGGAAGGCAAAUGAACGGAAUGAAUCAAAGUAACAAAAAUUACGAUGUCAUGUAAAUCAACCUACUCAUUGUCAUAAGCACACCCUGGACCUUGUUUUAAUUUAUGGAGUUGAGAUUAGCCAGCUGAAUGUCCUUCCUCAUAACCCCAUACUCUCAGAUCAUU